UCUACUGCGAAGACGUCUGCAGCAGUGUAAAAUGUAACAUGUAGCCUAACAUUAGGCUACGUUCACAUACAGUUCCUGCAGAACGGGUGUGUUGACAGACAGAGCCAACUGGGGAAAGGUUUCAGCGGAAUUCUCUGGCAGCUAUGUCGGCAAACAGUUGUGUGCAAAUAAAGGUUGAGGAAGAUUAUGAUCAGGUAAUGAUUGAAGAACAUCUCAGUUGUGAGGAUGAUGAUGAUUCAGCCCUGACAGGAAAUACAUCUGCAGCACUUUUGAAUAUUGACGGAGGCCAGCAGAGGGACACUGGCAGACAGCCCACCACUUCUCUCAUACAGACACCUAAGAGGUGGAGCUCAGACGGACAGAGGAGUAACGGCACCUCUCAGAACACAAGAGGGCAGGGCUCUGCCUCCGUGCCAUUAACCAGCAGCAUGAGGAUGGAACAAGAGGGGGAGUCAUCUCUUGAAUAUGACAGCCAACAACUUCAUGAGGAGGAGAGCUCAAUUUCAAAGGACUCCUUUGGCACUGAUCAACUAAGAACCCUGGGUGAAAUCCUUGCAUAUUGCCAGGUUAUGUACGGAGCCAUCCAGAAACUGGAUGAGAAAUUUGAACAGCUACAAGCCAAGGUGACAAAUAUUCAGCCAAUCCAGCUGACUCCAGAACAGUUCCAAAAGGCUACAUCAAAAACACCAUCUCUGUCCAAGAACACAGACCCUCCUGCUGUAAGUGUGGACACGUCUUUGGCCCCAGACUUAGCCUUGUCCAUGCCACAUUUGGUGCGCGUGUGCUCUCCUCCACCCCCUCCCUCAGUGGAGGUGAAGAGGCCCCCAGUUCUCUCUCCAGCCCCGACCCAGAGACUUCCCAGCCCACCCAGCCUGGCCCCGCCGGGCCAGAAUGAUUCCCUGGUUAAGACCGUUGGCGCAGCAAACUUCUCAAACCAUCCGACUCCCCUCAACAAAGAUGUAGACCAGAAGAUUCAAAGUCAAUCUUACACAGCAUAUGGAGCCAGCCCUAAAACAGGUUGGCUGGGCAGCAGGAAGAGGAAUGUGUCCAUUAGCCAGAGCGCCCUCCUGAAGGCAGAAAAGAUGUCCAAACCUGGAAAGGCUGUCCGAUUCCUCACUCGCUGUGUAUUCUCCGUCGAGGAGAUGAGCUGUAGCAACACUUUGGGUGACACCACCAGAGGCCUGAAGAAAUUGGAUCCAAAUAAGCUUGGGGCCAUCAGAGAAUGGCUGGCCAGAAGGUACCCAGAGUAUGAUCUCAAAGAGAAAGGCAAAGACUGGAGAAAAUGCAUGUCGGUCAUGAACUCAACUGCCAGGUACCUACGUCUGAUGGCCAAGAGGCGACGGCUGAAAAUACAGAGGGAGGAUGAAACUCUGAAGACUCUUCAUAUCUCGGCAUCGCACACAGAACCCAUCCCGGAACCAGAAGCAGAUCCUGACCCUGAGGAGGACCAGCCCACAGAGAAGUACGUAGCACAGAUUGAGGAGUCCGUAGAGAAUUACACUCCAGAGAUGGAGUUCACAGUAGAGGAGUUCACAGCAGAGGAGUUCACAGCAGAGAUCGAUGUAGAGCUGUCUGACAGUGAGGAGGAAGACAACGCGAGAGUUAAUAAACAUAUACAAAAUGAGGAGGAAAACAGUCUGACAUCCUACUCAGACACUGUAUACGAGCAUCUUGGGAACCCUCUGCGGAACGUGAAGGUACCCCAGUAUGCCAUGUUCACAGCCCUGCAGCGAACCAGGCCUGAGCUAGCAGCACGCGUCCUCAUCAAAUACAUGUUUCCUGAGGAGGUGCUCGUGGUGAGCAAUGUCCAUGGCAACACUGAGAGUGGCAUCCGAGCUCUGGACUACAACAAAAUAUCUGCUCUCAGAGAACACCUACAAGAACGUUUCCCCUGGUUACUGUUGGAGGAGGAUGGCCAGGACUGGAAGGUGUGUGUGGGAGCCAUCAACAGCACCAUCCGCAAGUUUAGACAUGACCUCAAGAUGGGCAAGGGCCGCAAGAAGGGAACAUGAGGAGAGGCACAAGCACCAGCGACUCUCCUGACCAGUGUAUUUCACUGGGAGAAGUGCUAAAGACACUGUGCCUGAGAUCCAGUCAAACCGUUUUAAUGUUACUACAGUGAUUCUCAUUCAGUGUAUUGGAACCCCAUCAAGAUUACCAGAGAAAUCUGUGAAUAUAAUGGGGAUAUCUAAGGCUUUCUUACUGUAUGAUAGUUCUGUUACAGAUCUUAUUUUGUAAAAAAAAAAAAAAAGAAUCAUGACAGUCAUGGAUGCUAGUUCAUUGAAGAAAGAAAAUCAUGUUAACCAUCAAAGAAUGUUUUUUUUUUUUCUUCAAAUAAGUUUUUUUUUUUUCCCUGGAGAAUAGGUCAUACCUAACAUUUGUAUUUUUGAGCAACACUUUCAUGGAUAACAGGUAAUGCCUUAAAGAAAUUCUAUUUAAAUUCAUUAUUAUGCGGUUUUUUUUUGGUAAAACAUGGAUCAUCUUGUAUAUAUAUAUUUUGUUAAUUCAUAUGGAUUUUUUAUUUACAUUGACAUGCCCAUACUACUAAUACUGCCAAUCAGAUCACAGGGAUAUUUCCCCAUUUGGGGAACUACACUCCUUUUCCACCUCCCCUUGACUUACACAAUUGAUUUUUAUCUUUCUCCAGUUUAUCCAGCCAUUCUCAAUGGGAGGUGGAAAAUGAGUGUAAUUCCCCAAAUGGUGGAAUAUCCCUUUAAUACAGAAAUUGUUUACAUAAUAUUGAAUAAAUAUUGACAAAGUUU